GCUCUCCCCGUUUUGUGUUCUGACUAAUUCCUCUCAGUUUUGAGGUUUUGGUGAGUUCGAAGUAGUCGAGUAAAAUAUUUUUAAUCAAAAACAACCAGGAAAACCGGUUCUUGUCAGUGCAAAAAUUGUAUUAAAAUGGCAAAGUUCGGAUUACCUGACAAUGUUUGUUGUUGUAUGGACUUGAAGAAGGGUGGAAAAGUCAUCGGCGUGAUAUGCAUAAUUACUUCAUUGCUUACCAUUUUCCUAAUGGGAUAUUAUUUAGUCUCUGACUCCGAUGAAAUCGUUAAAGAAAUUGCUGAUGGAAGUCCCGACACAUUUGAAAACAUUAAAGAACAUAAUGCGACUGUGGAAACCAUAGUUGUAGUCGUGUUAGUAUUAUCGGCUGUUUACUUCGUUACUUCGAUUGCAUUGGUUAAAGGAGUUGACGACCACAAUCGAAAGCUUCUUGUGCCAUUCUUGGUGGUUGAUGCCAUUUUAUGCCUUACAAUGUUGGGUUUCGCUUGCUUUCAAUAUGGAAGAAGUGAAGUUUUCACAUGUUUAACUUUCAUGAUGAUAUUUUUUUACUUUUACAUCUGCAUUUACGCUCUCUACAGAUAUUUCGACGAGCAGAUUAUAGAACAAAACAACACAGAAUUUAAUUAAUUGUUAAAUUUAUUAAGAAUAUUGGAAAGAAUUUUGUACAUGAGUAAUGGGAACAGAAUGCGAAUUCUAAUCACGCAAAAAAAAGAAAUUACGCAAAAGUUUUCAUUAAAAAUUGCAACUUAAAAAAUUAUUAUGAAAAAUAAUUCCACAGUCCGAACCACCAUCCUUAGGUAGACUUUAUCAAGUUAUAUUCAUUUAAGAUUAUGUACUAUUAAUAAGUAUUUGUGAUUUACUCAUGUACUCAAUUUCUAUCCUUUAUUUUCACAGAAAAUACAAAAUGCAAAACAAAAACAAACUCCACUGCUAUUCUAAAUAAUCUUUCCAUUGCCACUGCUGCUGUCACAAUUUCAUGAUGUCAUGUCUAUUGAAUUCUCGCUUUCUUACAUCAUAUUCAAAUUAUUUUUACUAUAGACACUCAUGUGAUUGUAAAGUUCAACACAAUUAAAUGUUAUCGCUCUUUAAAACGAAUUUUAAUUCAUGAAUUUAUAAUUAAAAAAUGUGAAGAAGAAGAAAAGGCAGCAAAUGAGUAAGAAGCGAGAAAUUAGAAUUUAAACAAAGACACUGAUGAUUAAAUCAAAUAGAUGUCUACACUAUUUUACCUCUCAUUCAUGUAAAUGUUACUACUUGCAUUUAAAAAUAUGAUUAAAUAAAGUUGAAUAAAUAUUUGUCUAGAGAAAUGAAGGAACAAGAAGAAAAUCUUUUUAUUAAAAGUUCCCGUCAAUUCAUCUUGAUAAGCUUUUGUCUACAAAUUUAUCACGAAAUGAGAAGCGUGAGGACGAUUGUUGAAAUCUAAAACGAAACAAUGUUCCGUUCCCGUCAAAAUGUUACCCGAUGC